GCCGCGGGGCCGUGGCCGUGGAGACGCGGGGGCGGGGCCGGCGGAGAAGCGCGACCUUUAACCCGAAGCGGCGGUCCGUGGGAGGUGCUGGGUGGAAGUGCAGGCUGCCGGCGGCCAUGGAGGAGCCUGUUCACGACGGGGUGGCCUCGCCGGCCGCUCCCGGGACCGGGAAGUCCAAGCUGGAAGCCUUGCCCAAGGAAGAUCUUAUCAAGUUUGCCAAGAAGCAGAUGAUGCUAAUACAGAAAACAAAAUUGAGAUGUACAGAGUUGGAGAAAGAAGUUGAAGAAUUGAGGUCAAAGCUGGUUGCUGGAGGAGCUGACAUCAUUAAGGCCUUGACAGAACGUCUGGAUGCUGUUCUUUUGGAAAAAGCAGAGACUGAGCAACACUGUGUUUCUCUGAAGAAGGAAAAUAUUAAAAUGAAGCAAGAGGUUGAGGAUUCUGUAACUAAGUUGGAAGAUGUGCAGAAAGAGUUGGAACAAUCACAAAGAAGCUAUGAAAAAGAAAUAGAAAAUUUGAGAAAUGAAUUAACAACAGUACAUUCCAAAUACAGUAAUGAUAAAGCUGAUUGGCAAAAGGAAGUGGAAGAAGCAGCAAAAAAACAAUUAGAGCUUUCAGAACAGCUCAGAUUUCAGAGUGAUUCUGAAGAUAAUGUUAAAAAGCUGCAAGAAGAGAUUCAGAAAAUUAAGCUAGUCUCUGAGGAUCAAAUUUUAUGUCUGCAAAAGCAGUUAGAAAUUGCCACAAAUAAAAAGGAGCAAGAAAUUACUCACCUCCAGGGAGUGAUUGAGGCUAAUUGUCAGCAGUACCAAAAAGAUAUUAAUAGUUUGCAGGAAGAACUUGUACAGUUGAAAUCUACACACCAAGAAGAGGUGAAAGAAUUGAUGUGCCAAAUUGAAACAUCUGCCAAAGAACACGAAGCAGAAGUAAAUUAUUUGAUCCAGCUAAAGGAUAACUUAGUCAGAAAGUGUGAGGCAGGUGAGAUGAACAUUCAGGAGAAGUAUAAAUGUGAAUUAGAAAAUGAAGGGAAAGCCUCAGGUGCAGACCAAGAAAAUCAGGUGUGCUCUUUCCUCUUACAGGAAGAUUCUCUUGUAGAACAAGCAGUGAAUGAAAAAGUUAGACACUUAGAAGAUGCCCUAAAAGAACUGGAGUCUCAACAUAGCAUCUUAAAAGACGAGUUAACUUACAUGAAUAAUCUAAAAUUAAAACUUGAAAUUGACGCCCAACAUAUAAAGGAUGAGUUUUUUCAUGAACGGGAAGAUUUAGAGUUUAAAAUUAAUGAAUUAUUACUAGCUAAAGAAGAACAGGGAUAUAUAAUCGAGAAAUUAAAAUCUGAGCUAGAAGAUGCAAAUAAACAGUUUUGCUGCACCAUCGAACAACAUAACAAGGAAGUACAGAGUCUGAAGAAACAGCAUCAAAAAGAAAUAACAGAACUAAAUGAGACAUUUUUGUCAGAUUCAGAAAAAGAAAAGUUAACAUUAAUGUUUGAAAUACAGGGUCUUAAGGAACAGUGUGAAAAACUACAACAAGAAAAGCAAGAAGCAAUGUUAAACUACGAGGGUUUACGAGAGAUUAUGGAAAUUUUACAGACAGAGCUGGGGGAAUCUGCUGAAAAAAUAAGUCAAGAGUUUGAAUCAAUGAAGCAACAACAAGCAUUUAAUAUUAAUGAACUUCAGCAGAAGCUCCAAACUGCAUUUAAUGAAAAAGAUGCUCUUCUUGAAACUGUGAAUUGUCUCCAGAGAGAAAAUGAUAACUUACUGUCACAGCAGGAAUGUGUACCAGAACUUGAAAAUACCAUAAAGAAUCUUCAAGAGAAGAAUGAACUGUAUCUAGUUAGUCUCAGUCAGAGAGAUACCAUGUUACAAGAAUUUGAAGCAAAGAUAAGUUCUCUUACUGAGGAAAAAUAUGAUUUCAUAAGUAAGAUGAAAAGUUCUCAUGAAGAGAUGGAUAAUCUUCACAAAAAAUGUGAAAGGGAAGAAAGGUUGACUGUAGAACUUAGGGAAAAAGUGGAUCAGACUGCCCAGUACAACAGUGAACUAGAACAGAAGGUGAAUGAAUUAACAGCAGGACUAGAAGAAACUUUAAAAGAAAAGGAUGAAAAGAACCAAAAACUGGAAAAGCUUACAGCUCAGUUGAAAACUCUCUCCGAAGACCAGGAAGCCAUGUCAUUGGAAGUGAGGUCUCUUCGUGAAGAAAAUAGCAAACUGAGUUCAGAGAAGAACCUGCUGAGCAGGGAUCUGGAAGCCCUCCUGUCUCAAAAAGAAGGAGAUGUUGCACUUCAGAAGCAGAUCUCUGAAUUAGAAGAGGAACUUCGGUUAGCUGUCAGAGAAAGGGAUAAUUUGAAUAAAUUUUUGGAAAGCGAGCAAGUUCAGAAGUUGUUUGUCAAAGCUCAGUUGUGUGGUUUUCUUGAACAGAUGGAGUCAAAGGUUUCACACGAAAGGGAAGAACAGGAUGUUGUAAAUAUCCUACAAGCCAUGGGUGAAUCCUUAGAUAAAAUAAAUGAAGAAAAAUACAACUUGGCUUUUCAGUAUGAUGAAAGAAAAGUAGAGUUAGAAAAAGAGAUUAAGCUCCUUCAAGAAGAGCAUAUGGUUCAGUGUGAGGAGCUUAGGUCUCUACUAAGAGAUUAUGAGCAAGAGAAAGUUGUCCUAAGGAAGGAGUUAGAAGAAGCCCUCUUGGAAAAGGAGGCCCUGCAGUCUGACCUUCUGGAGAUGAAGAAUGCCAGUGAACAAACAAGGUUUGAAAAUCAGAAUCUCCUAAUUCAGGUUGAAGAAAUGUCUCAAAAACUGUGUAGAGAAAAUGAAAACCAUCACGAAAAAGAAAAAGAUUUUAUAAAAGAACUUGAAAACCUAAGGCCAUUAUUGGAACAGAAAGAAUCUGAAUUGCAAGAUGUGAAAGCAGAGUUAAUAUCAUUAAAGGAUUCCUUCAAGAAAUCACCUUCUGUAGAAAGUGAUCAACCUUCAGUAAAAGAGUUUGAAGAAAAAAUAGGAUACUUGGAAAAAGAAGCCAAAGAGAAAGAGGAGAAAAUAAGUAAGUUAAAACUAGUUGCUGUGAAAGCAAAGAAAGAACUAGAUUCUAGCAGGAAAGAAGCCCAGACGCUCCAGGAAGAACUUGAAUCUGUUCGCUCAGAAAGGGAUCAGUUGUCUACUUCCAUGAGAGAUCUCAUUCAAGGAGCUGAAAACUAUAAGAAUCUUUUAUCAGAAUAUGAUAAGCAGUCAGAGCAGUUGGAUGCAGAGAAAGAACGUGCCAAUAACUUUGAGCAUCAAGUAGAAGACCUUACAAGACAAUUAAGGAGUUUGACUUUUCAGUGUGAAAAAUUAACCUCAGAUAAUGAAGAUUUCCUGGCCCGUAUCGAGACACUGCAGUCUAACGCCUGCUUGUUGGAAGUGCAGAUUUUAGAAGUCCAGAAAGCCAAGGCUAUGGCAGACAAAGAGCUGGAAGCUGAAAGACUUCAGAAAGAACAGAAGAUAAAGGAGUAUGCCAGUUCCGUAAAUGAACUAGAAGAACUUCAGUUACAGCUUCAAAAGGAAAAGAAACAGCUUCAGAAAACCAUGCAAGAAUUAGAGCUGGUUAGAAAGGAUGCCCAGCAGACCACGCUAAUGAACAUGGAAAUUGCUGAUUACGAGCGCUUGAUGAGAGAGCUGAAUCAGAAGUUAGCUAAUAAAAACAGCAAGAUAGAAGAUUUGGAACAGGAAAUAAAAAUCCAAAAACAGAAACAAGAGACCCUGCAAGAAGAAAUGACUUCGCUGCAGGCUGUGGUACAGCAGUAUGAGGAAAAGAAUACCAAGAUCAAACAGCUACUUGUGAAAACCAAGAAAGAGCUGGCAGAUGUGAGGCAAGCGGAGACUGAUCACUUAAAGCUUCAGGCAUCUUUAAAGGGUGAACUGGAGGCCAGCCAGCAGCAAGUAGAAGUCUAUAAAAUUCAGCUGGCGGAAGUGACGGCAGAGAAGCACAAAGCCCGUGAGCACCUGAAGGCAUCGGCGGACCAGCACCAGCGCACACUGGGUGCCUACCAGCAGCGGGUAUCAGCCCUGCAGGAGGAAUGCCGCGAGGCCAGGGCAGAACAAGCUGCAGUCGCCUCUGAAUUUGAGAGCUACAAGGUCCGGGUCCACAACGUUUUAAAACAGCAGAAAAAUAAGUCUGUGUCUCAGACUGAGGCUGAGGGGGCCAAACAAGAAAGAGAACAUCUAGAAAUGCUGAUUGACCAACUGAAGCUAAAGUUACAAGACACCCAGAACAGCUUACAGAUCAGCGCCUCUGAGCUGCAGGCCCUGCAGUGUGAACACUGCGCCCUGCUGGAGAGGCACAACAGGGUGCUGCAGGAGGCCGUGGGCAAGGAGGCUGAGCUCCGUGAGAAGCUGUGCUCUGUGCAGUCAGAGAACUCCGCCUUGAAGGCUGAGCACACGCAGACUGUCGAUCAGCUCACGGCCCAGCACGAGGCCCUACGCGGCGGCUUCCGGGAGCAAGUGCGGCAGCUGCAAGAGGAGCACCGGAGGACGGUGGAGACGCUGCAGCAGCAGCUGUGCCGGCUAGAGGCCCAGCUUCUGGAGCCCCGCAGUGAGCCGGCCACGCGGAGCCCAGCUUCUUCCCAGCAACCUUUGAGGAGCCUUCGAGAGAGGAGAAGUGCAGACCUCCCGUUCCUGGAUGUGCAGGUCACGGCCCGGGAGGAGGGGGAGGGGAUGGAGACCACGGACCUGGAGCGCGGCUCUCCCACCAGCACCCCUGCACAGUCCCUGGAGCAGCUGCUCAGUUCUCCUGAAGCCAGGCUCGAGCCGCCUGCGUGGCACAACGAAUUCACCAAAGAAGAGUUGGUUCAGAAGCUCAAUUCCACCACCAAGAGUGCCGACCACUUAAAUGGCCUGCUUCGGGAAACGGAAGCCACCAACGCCAUCCUCAUGGAGCAGAUUAAGCUUCUGAAGAGUGAAGUCAGGCGGCUGGAGCGGAACCAGGAGCGGGAGAAGUCAGCAGCCAACCUGGAGUACCUGAAGAAUGUGCUGCUGCAGUUCAUCUUGCUGAAGCCGGGCAGCGAGCGGGCGCGACUGUUGCCUGUGGUGGACACCAUGCUGCAGCUCAGUCCUGAGGAGAAGACCCGGCUGGCGGCCGCUGCCCAAGGUGAGGAGGAGAGCGGGUCCCGCUCCUCGGGCUGGGCAUCCUACCUGCACAGCUGGUCUGGACUCCGGUAGACUGACGGGAGAGCGCUGUUUAUGAACCAAAUAGUCUGGCAAAAAAAGGCUCAUGUAUGUCACUGUCAUUGUGGUCUAAAACCAAGUGUAUGUAAUUCACAUCUCCGUGCGUGUAUCCACGCAUGUGUCAGGUGAAUUGAAGAGGGGCUCAGCCCAUGGUGAACGCCCAGCAGCUGGAGUGUGGACACGGCUGUGGCCCUGAGACCCUGUGAAUUCUGAAGUUAAACAAAUUUUGGUACCAUACCAGCUAGAAUUUAGAGUUUUAAAAGAAUGUUGUAAGACCAUUUAUCACAAGAUCAGACUGGCAGGGCGAUUGUUAUCCUGGACAAAUUGUUACAGAAAACUUGUGAGUUAGAAUGUGAAGGAAGACGCUUUCCUGGUAAAGCGGACGUGUUUAUGAAGGAACAUCAAGUAAAUGUGCUGCAGUCCACCCCCAAGUCUAAGUUAACAUGUGACUGUGUCCUUAUUUCCUUUAAAACUCCUGGGGCUGGGGGCGAUGGAGAGGGCCCCACUCCACUGCUGGACGUUCACCGUGGACUGAGCCUCUUACAGUCCAUCUGACGCAUGCAGUGUGUGGACACACACAGUUUCGGACCAAACGAUGAGCUGUUCUGUUUUCUCCAAAGUAUGUUAUCUCAGACUGGUUCUGUGGUCGCAAGCCCUGGUCGCCAUGCUCCCUGAUGGGGCGCUCCUGGGGGGGGUCUGCCCAUAUUCCUUUUGAGCUUCGGCAGCCUCUACACCGGAGUCUGUCUGGGGAAUUUGCUCAGUUUGUCCAGAGAAACUUUCCAGUGCCCUGGCUGUGUCACUCGGCUUCCUGUCCAGAGGCAAGCCGGUGCUCACAAGUCCCGGCGCACCGGUCACUCGUGUGCUGCGGGGGGCCCCGGGGUAUAGCUCCUGGUGGUGGUGGUGGUGGUACUUGACUUGAUGCCUCUGAAUAUUCUGUGGACUGCGUCAAAAACGUGUUCUUAAAUCAUCAAUGUGAAAACUCUAUUUUUAAUGUCUAUUUGUUAAAAAUCACCUCAAUAUGCUUGCUCUAUGAAGUUGCUUCGGCUUCUAGUCCACCCUGUGAUCUUCGGUCUCAGCUGGUGAACUGACUUUGUAUUACGGUUAUGGGAACAUUGGUUUCCAGUUUACUUUAACUGAAAUUUGCUGCUGACAUGUUGAGUUUGUUCUUUAACAAAUAAUCUCAAUAUCUGACUUUCCUCUUGUUUCAGAAGAACAGACCUAACUAGUGAAUGUAUUAAUGAAAAUGCUUCUAUUUCAGAGCUGACUUCUAAGAAUUUAGUUUUUUUACUUGAUAAACUGUGAAUAUGAGUAUGCCAGAAGCAUACGAGGUAACUGUUAUAAUAUUUAAAUAAAUCUCACUUUCUCUCUAAGUCCAGGCUAUCAGCCUGUUUUGAAAUAGGGGCUCUACCUAUGGACAUAAUAACAAAAAUGCCUUGUAUGAUCAGAAAUUAUUACUUCAAUUACAGAAGGGAUCCCCCUCCCUGGUUUCCACAACGAGAGGAAGUGUAAUGAUUAUUUUAAUAUUUCUAUUAAAUGUGUUGGACUGUAUAUCA